AUGAAAGUGAGAGCUGAAUCCCCUCUGAGGCUCCCUCUCAUCGCUCACACUCCGCCUAUAUUAGGGGAGCAAGAAGGGGUCUCCACUCCAGCUCCAGCACCCCCAGUUCCCCCACCUGAUGCUUUAAGCCAGGAGAUGAGACAGUUUCCUAGACUCAGGUUUGAUAGACCCACUUACCUCAGAUCAGGUCAGGGCUCUAGAGUUUUGAAUUCCCAGUAUAGAGGUGAAUUCAGUCAGAUGAGACCACCCGCAUCGCAAUGUCCCCAGUGCCGUAGACUACAUGCGGGGCCGUGCCGCUUGGGUUCGGAUGUUUGUUAUGCCUGUGCUUGGCCAGGUCAUUUUAUGCGCGAGUGCCCAUUUCGAUAUGGCAGAGGUAGGGUUCAGCCCACGGGAAUAGCAGUUGGCUCUUCAUCAUUGGUACGCCUUCCAAGGCAAAGGCUGCAGAUAUCAGCAGGCUGUGAUAGAGAUCGAGGAGGAACGCCCAGUUCGAGUGGACCCCAGCAUCAUACCUAUGUGCUAGCUAGGCGACAGGAUCUUGAGUCAUCCCCUGAUAUUGUCCCAGGUAUAUUAUUAGCAUUCUUCUAUAAUGUAUAUGCAUCGAUUGAUUCAGUUUCUACGUCGUCAUAUAUCGCGCCUUAUAUUGUUGAACGUAUUGGCUUGAAACCGGAGCUAAAUCAAACGAUUUGA